AUGGAAACACCAUCGAAGGAUAAAUCCAGAUCAUACGGAGAGAGAAAGAUUCCUGUUAAGCUGCCACGACUGCAUGGGGUAGUUUUCGGAAAAAUUGUUGGAGAAGGAUUUUUCUCGCACGUUUAUAAUGGUACAUAUCAUGAUAAACCAGCAGCAAUAAAGCUUGUAGAGCGUGGAAAUUCAAAUGGGCAUCUAAAAGAAAUCGAAUUUCUCAAAAAAUUACGUGGAGUACCAGAUAUUGUUCAAUUGUACUCAGUUUUUGAAGCAGAUAAUACAUUUAUAGUAUUUGAACUUCUAGAAUCUUGUACACCGGCAUACUUUUAUGAAAAUACCACUAUUCCUCGACUUCGGCAUUAUAUCAAGCACGUUUUAAAUGCUUUAAAAGGUGCUCAUAGCCAAAACAUUGUUCAUAGAGAUGUUAAAUUCUCAAAUAUUCUUGUAUCUCCAACAUGGGAUAGGAUUUCUCUCAUAGAUUGGGGAUGUGCAUCUUAUAUUUCGGAAUCCAUGUCAUCAUGUGCUGGCUCGCGCGUCACCAGAUCACCAGAAAUGCUCCUUGGAUAUAAAGGAUAUAAAACUGGAUGCGAUGCUUGGGCAGUCGGCACUUUGAUAAUUGAUAUUUUGACAGAAGGCAAAGUUCCAUGGAAAAAAGAGUCUACUCAAGAAACACUCAUAUCACUGACCCACUAUUUCGGUGCAGAAGCUCUAAUUAGAAUCGCAGGGCGCUAUUGUUUACCACUUGAUCCGAACCUUCUCAGUAAAAUGACUAAAGAUCCCAUUAGAAAUCUUGAAACAAAGUUUACUGAGAGAAUGCAACCAAUAUGGACGAAGAAACUUAGGAAAUUAACUUUAGGCCUUCUCCAAAUCGAUCCAGAGAAGAGAUUAUCUGUCGAAAAGGCAAUGAAGGCCAGAUAUUUCUUCAAGAGAAGGAAGAUCACUCGCGAACUUUAUCCUGUUACUUUAUCUUUCGAUUAA